AUGAAUAUCCUUUUAAUUAAUAUAAUAUUUCUUUUUCUAUUCUUGGGUGUACAUAUUAUAAAUUUAUAUGAAGGGAAAAAUAUAAGUGAUGGUCAUAAAAUAUGGAAUAAUCAUUAUUCAUAUGAUAUUAUAAAUAAACAGAAUAAAUAUAAAUAUAUUUAUCGUAAUAAUAGAAGACCUAAAUUUUUAAACAUUCAAAGUAAUAAUUUUUUAUCACCUGAAAAAAAUAAUGUUACACAAUUUAGUAGACGAGAAAAAAAAAAAUGCUAUUCUCUUAUAAAAUUUAAAACAUUGAAGAGAUUAAUAAAUAAGUGGCUUCUCCUUAAUAAUGAGGAAAAUAUAAUACAUCCAUUAAAAAAUUGUCGGUGGAAAAUAACAGUAUAUAAUUUCUUCUUACAAAACAAAGGUUCUUUUUAUGUUCAUUUAUAUGAAGACGGAAGAGUCAAGACAAGUGAUAAUUUAGAAGGCACGUGGUAUUUCAAUAAUUAUUAUCUUACAUGGGUCAUUGAAUAUGAAGACAGGAGGGUAUUCUACACAGCAGAGCUCUUCUGGAAUCAAGAGAAAAGCAAAAUGAUCAAAGGUAUUAUUUACCAAGAGAAGAAAAAAAAUAAUUCUUUUAUUCCUUCAUAUAUGUUCAGAAAAAUUCUUGGGUCCUUUUCAGGAAGAAUAGAAAAUCAAUAA